AUGAUUGAUCAAAACGAGCCAUACCAAGCACUCAGUGAAGAAGCAGAAUCUGCUCUUCUUAAUGAAACUGUCUGGGAAACAAUAAAUCGAGAUUUAAAUGAAAUCAAAUCUAAAGUAUUAAUAGUUUUAAAUCCGAAAUCAUCAAGUGAUACUGCAUUUAGAGACUGGGAUUUAUGGGGACCAAUGUUUUUUACUCUAUUCCUCGCAGUUUCUCUCGCAUUGUCAGGAGAUUCAUCACAGACAUCAGUUUUAUUUACAGAUAUAUUCUCAAUUUGCUCUUUUGGUGGAGCGUUUGUUACAAUUAAUUUUAUUCUCCUUGGCGGAACCUCAGGAUUUUUCCCAGCCUUUUGCGCUCUCGGAUAUUGCCUAUUCCCAGUAUGUAUAAGUGCUUUAAUAUGCUCUAUAUUGAGUAUUAUAUUUAUCAGGCUUCUUGCUUGCGCUGGAGGACUUUAUUGGUCUUCAAUCGCAAUUAGGAAAUUUUUGCAAACUCAAAUACCAGACGAUAAGCGUAUUUUAGGCUUGUAUCCAUGCAUUUUAUUUUACGCAAUCAUUACAUGGGUUAUUUUUGUUCAUUAA